UACCUAGUUGACGUAUCUGCAUGAUAAACAACACUCCAGCUGUACAAGUGCUGCCUCACGCGUACGGCGCAUUUCUCGGCCUGCUGUGCGGCGACGCCGCGGGUGCAACGCUCGAGUUCUCUCCCGGUGUUAUCACAGAGACUGAUGUAUCGCGCGCAAUGGCGAUGCCUGGCGGAGGAGUUUUCCGUGUGGGCAAGGGGCAGAUCACCGACGACUCGGAGUUAGCGCUGUCUUUAGCCCGUGGACUAUUGGGACAUCGACCAAGUGAGGGUUUCCCGCUGGAGUCUGUAGCACAGCAGUACGCGGCCUGGUGCAACUCGAAACCUUUCGACAUUGGCAAUACUUGCGCCACGGCGUUCGGUGCCAAACCUCAUUCCGACGGCAAAUACGCGGAUGUUAUGACGCAAACUGCAGCUGUUCAUUGCUCGGCCAGUGAAGCUAAUGGAUCGCUCAUGCGCAUCGCGCCACUAGCGAUCUGGAGCAUGGGACAGCCGGAGGAAACCAUCGCUGCUCUCGCCAGAACUGAAGCCACAUUGUCACAUCCAAAUCAAGUGUGUCAAGACUGCAAUGCCGUUUAUUGCCUCAUGCUAGAGCACUUGUUGCGUGUUCCGGGGGAUUUCCAAGGAGCUGUAAGCCGCGGUGAACGCUUUGUCAACAAUUGCGUGAACUCGGUGGUGCGCACGUGGUUCCUGGAGGAAUCGUUGGAUAUCUCUAGCCUUGUGUGUACGAGGAAGGUGGGUCAUGUGCGCUGGGCAUUUGUGUUGGCCACGUACUUCUUGCGCCAGAACGAGAGCUACGAGCGCGCUAUUCAGCAGACCUUACUGAAAGGUGGUGAUACCGACACGAAUGCUGCCAUAGUGGGCGGACUUAUUGGCGCGCUGCACGGAGUGGAGUCUAUUCCGUCUCACAUGCGUGACGCUGUUCUUACCUUUGACGCUACCAAACCUGCGGCAACACAUCGUCCGCGCCCCGUGGAUUAUUGUGGAGCUCAAGUCACGCGGCUUGCUGAGGAGCUCUUGAACAAAGAUUAAGUGAACUAACAGAAAGGAAUGUGAGCCCAAACGCUAUCACACGUUGGUAGGAAAUCGAGGCAUUAGUUCAUGAACCUUGCGUAUCUUGAAGUUUUUCCGAUUUCAAGAUGAAAGACAAGUAUACGCUACAUUGGUUACGACUUCUUCAUUCAAGAGUAUCAAAGAGAAUGCGUCGUGGUGAAUCUUACGUCCAUGCCAUCCUACGCCCCAGUCAUUCAGUUCAACUUUACGCGCUAGAUUGCUGGAACGGAGUAUUGUCGGAUCCAGACGAGCUGAAAGCGCCUCGGAGAGAUUUUGAGGGUUUCUCAGACUUGGUUGAGCCGGUUGGUGGCUCAGCCAACUGUAUCGGAGAUUCCGAGUCUCGACUACCUUCCAACGGGUAGUUUGAACCAUCGGCGGAGUAGAUCUUUUUCGCUUUCCCGUUUUUGCGUUGCUUACAUUUCGCCAUUUGCAUGAAGCAUUUGUUUGAGUAUGUGACGCCAUCCUCGUCCGUCACAGGAUCGAAGUCGUCCGUACAAACCUCAUCGCAGCCAGAGACUUCGCUACUACUAUCGCUGCUGCCGCUGUCCGACGCCUCAGAACCACUAGCAUCAUCAGAACCCGACGUGGAGCUAGAAGCUGACUCAAUAGCCUCUUCGAACAUAUCCGACGAAGUAGUCGAUGCCGACGUAGACGCCGACUCAACGGACGGAGCCUUCGUGGCCUUCUUCUGCGUAGUCGGCGAUCCCGAUGAGCUUCCGGUUUCCUCGCUGGACGCAGACGCUUCCUCGCUGGACGCAGACCCUUCCUCGCUGGCAGCAGACGCUUC